CAAACCCAUGCCUCCACCUCAACCCAAACCACUGCAGUCUGAUUCUUGACCCACUGCACCUCAUUGGGAACUCCUGAGAGGAUUUUUUUUUAACCAUGAUUUUAUUACUAAUCUGUUCUGUCUUGGUCAUAGAGGAGGAAUCAACAAUGUGACUCUACAGCCUGACAAGGGAGAGUAUUGCCCCUCUUGCCUUUGAUACUCCUUUAUGCAUUUGAAAUCUUGCUGAAUUUUUCUUGAAAGCAAUAAAGACAUUGGAGAUCAAUGAUGAGAAACCAAACAAUAACAACCUUCAUUCUCCUUGGACUGACAGAUGACCCUCAACUUCAGAUUCCAAUUUUUAUGUUUCUGUUUCUCACUUACAUGUUGAGUGUAACUGGGAAUCUGGCCAUCAUAUCCCUCACUUUAGUGGACUCUCACCUGAAAACCCCCAUGUACUUCUUCCUACAGAAUUUUGCCUUUUUAGAAAUUUCAUUUACAUCUGCUUGUAUCCCUAGGUAUUUGUACAACAUAGCCACAGGGGACCGGUCAAUUACUUAUAAUAUUUGUGUUAUUCAAGUGUUUUUUAUUGGUGCACUUGGAGUGACCGAAUUUUAUCUCUUGGCCACAAUGUCCUAUGACCGCUACGUGGCCAUCUGCAAACCCCUGCAUUAUGUGGCCAUCAUGAACAGCAGAGUGUGCGGAAGGCUUGUCCUCUGUUGCUGGACAGCUGGAAUGCUGAUCAUACUCCCACCACUUAUCAUGAUAGUAAACCUUGAAUUCUGUGACUCUAAUGCAAUUGAUUACUUUUUCUGUGAUGCAUCUCCUAUCUUAAAGAUUUCAUGCUCAGACACUUGGCUUUUGGAGCAGAUGGUGAUAGCCUGUGCUGUGCUGGCCUUCAUCACAACACUUUUGUGUGUUGUUCUGUCCUAUGUAUACAUUCUCAAGACCAUUCUAAGGUUCCCCUCUGCUCAGCAAAGGAAAAGGGCCUUUUCUACCUGUUCUUCUCACAUGAUUGUGGUUUCCAUCACCUAUGGCAGCUGCAUUUUCAUCUACAUCAAGCCUUCAGCAAAGGAAUCCGUGGCUAUUAAUAAGGCUGUGACAGUGCUCAUGACCUCCAUCGCCCCCAUGCUGAACCCUUUCAUCUACACUCUGAGAAACAAACAAGUGAGACGAGCCUUCAGGGACUCAUUCAAAAGAAUCACAUUCCCCUCAAAGAAGUAAAAGAAUGCUGAAAUCUAGGAAUGAAGUUUUCAAAAGAUGGAGCUUCCUAAAUAUAAAUUCACUAAGACAAGAUUAUCCUGUCUUUCUCAUCUGUGCUCUAAUCUAGGCUAAUUUCCUCAAAACAUCCUUUAGACUUCAGACCAAAAUCAGUUUAUUCUUUACUCUUCUCAUAAAUGAGCUAACCACCUUAUCAAAAAAUAACUAUAUGUUCAUACUAAAUAUAUUAAUUUCUUUACCUUCUUUCCAACUUAACCGAAACUACAAAAUUUCCAAAUGGUGAAAAACAAACAUGAUGCAAAACAAAACAAAAAUUACUGCCUAAUUUAUGAGAAAUGUGUUCAAAACGAAUUAACAUCACUACAAGAAAGUUGUAUUCUGAAUCUAAAAAAGAAAAAAUAAAGACUCAGCACUACUACCUCAGCCAUGCAUACAUGAAAUUUUAGACACAGUUAGGUGGAACUAAACUCUAUCAUAAUCCUGGCCAAUAAGUUUUGAUGAUUGAGGAUGGCCAAAUACACACUAGUAUUAAAAUGGGCAAAGGACCUGUCCUUCCAGAAUGUUUGGGAAUUUUCUCUACGACUAUCCAGAUCUACUUUCAAUCCUUUUCCAUUGUUUUCUAUGCUCCAUGAGACUUACCUUACACAGAAGCACACUCAAAUAUUAAAAUCAGAUAUAAAAAUCAAUAUUUUGCUAUAGGGAUUGAAUAUAAAAUAAUAAUUAAUGAAUGGAUUUUGGAGAGCCUCUAUAGUGAGUCCAAAUUAUUUACUGUAUAAUUGUGUUUUAUCAAGGACCAAGCUACCAGCAAUGGUAUGAAACAGUGAGCUCUAAGAUUUCAGCUUGAAAAUAGUUAAGAAGGUAGAACAGUAAAAGAAAAUUUUAUUAUUGAUGGCAUCAUAAUACACUGUCAAUAAAACCAAUCCAGAACAUGGACAAAUUUUUAAAUAAAUUUGGAAAAAUGCAAUGGAGAUACAGAAUCUAUAAAUUAUUAUAUUGUGAUACAGUUAAACUGAUCUAUAAGAAAUUUAUCCUUAAAAGCUGUAAAAAUGAUAGAAAGUCCACCAGUAUAGUUACAAUAUUGAUCACAAAAUUAAAGAAUACAUUUUAUGUGAACCUGCUCAAGGUUACUUGUCAUUAUUUAUCACCAACGGAUUUUGACAUUUUCUGUUCUAACAAAAUCACUGAUUUUCUUGUAAAGAUUGGACCAAAAUCAGAAGUCAAAUUUGAGGAACCAUAUUCACAACAUUCAUUCUGCUAGUACUAACAGAUGAUCCACAACUGCCUUUACUUUUUCUCAUUACCUACUUGUUGACUGUAACUGGGGACCUGGCUAAAAUCCUACUUACAUUAGUGGAUUCUCACCAUAAACACCAAUGUACUUUUUGCUACAUAGUUUUUCCUUCUAAGAGAUCUUAUUCACAUCAGCUUGUACUCCUAGAUACUUGUAUAACCUACUGUGCUUGUACCAUCCAAGCAUUGUUUACUAAACGCUUGGUGGUAACUGAAUCUUUCCCUCUGGCCACCAUGUCCUGUGAUCACUACGUUGCCAUCUACAAACCCCUGAACUACACCACCACAUGAGCACCAGGCUGCAGAAGAGUCAUGUUUUGUUCUUGGAUGGCUGCCUUGUUAAUCAUACUUACACCGUUUAGCUUGAGCCAAAAUCUGGAAUUCGGUGGCUCUAAUGUCAUUUAUAGCCUUUUCUGUGAUGGCUCUCCCUUUCUGAACGCUCUCAUGCUCAGACACAUGGGUAAUUGAGCAGAUGGUUAUAGUUUGUGAUGUGCUGACCUUCAUUACAACAUUUCUUUUUGUAGUUCUCUCCUACAUAUGCAUAAUCAAAUAAGAUUUCUGUCAUCUCAGCAAAGGAGAAAAGCCUUUCCUAUCUGUUAUUCCCUUGUGAUUGUGGUUUCUAUCACCUACGGCAGCUGUAUCUUCAUCCACAGCACACCUUCAGCAAAGGAAUCAGUUGCUAUUAAUAAGGUUGUAAUUGAACUAACUACUUUUAUUGCUCCUCUGUUGACCCCCUUCAUUUACACCUUGAGAAACCAGCAAGAAAAACAAGCUUUCAAUGACCCAAUCAAAAGAAUCACCUUCUCCAAGAAGAAAAGGAAUGCCAAAAUUGAUGAUUCAAGUUUUCAUACAUUAGCCUCUCAAAGCAUGUAUCAUUAAGUUACUAAAAUUAUUUGUUCUUUCCUAAUCUGAAAUCCAUUCAAAUUAAAUUUCUACGACUGGAACCAUAAACCUCCUAAAAGAAAACAUAGGCAGAACAGUCUUUGGCUUAAAUCCUAGCAAUAUUCUUUUUUGCAUCCAUCUUUUAAAGCAAAGGAAGUAAAAGCAAAAUAAACAAAUGAGAUCUAAUUAGACUUAAAAGUGUUAUACAUCAAAGAAAACCAUCAACAAAACAAAAAGACAACCUACUUGGGAGAAAAUAUUUGCUAAGGACAUGAAUGAUAUGGUGUUAAUAUCCAAAAUGUAUAAAUAGCUCAUAAAAUCGAACAUCAAAAAAUAACCCAAU